GCGGCUUCCUCUGACACACACGCGCGCACACUCACCCCGACGCACACCCAGCACACUUCUCCUUCAUCUCAUUAACGUCCUGCACACACGAUGAGUACAGGCGGGCGUAAAUAAACACGGACAGGGGUGAUUAUUUUGACUACCGGAGGAGCUUUGCGGGGUCUCAGCGCAACUUUUGUUUUUAUUACGGAGAAGGUGCUCUCUCCAUGCGUUUCUCUCACUCACGGAUUGUGUAGGAGGAAGAGAGGCAGAGCGAGGGGGGAGAAUCACCUUUCACUUUAAGCCCGGCGGGGCUCAGAGAUAAAAGGAAGGGGGACGCGGCCGCGGCGGGGAGAGCGCCGCCGCGCACCUCGGAGACCCUUGCACCCGUUUCUGAGCGCCGCGGCCCGUUUCUCCACCGAAGUUGGCUCCAGCUCUAGCAGCCGCAUUGGAUCCCACAGCCUACUGCGAGACUCCGGUGUACAAUCCGGAUCUCUGCCCCAACAUGAUCGCGGCCCAGGCCAAGCUGGUCUACCAUCUGAAUAAGUACUACAACGAGAAAUGCCAAGCCAGGAAAGCUGCCAUUGCCAAAACUAUCCGGGAAGUCUGCAAAGUCGUCUCCGACGUGCUGAAGGAGGUGGAGGUGCAGGAGCCCCGCUUCAUCAGCUCUCUCAACGAGAUGGACAAUCGCUACGAGGGCCUCGAGGUUAUCUCCCCCACCGAGUUCGAAGUGGUGCUGUAUCUUAACCAAAUGGGGGUGUUCAACUUCGUGGACGACGGCUCGCUGCCCGGCUGCGCGGUGCUGAAGCUGAGCGACGGGCGCAAGCGGAGCAUGUCCCUCUGGGUGGAGUUCAUCACCGCCUCCGGCUACCUCUCGGCGCGCAAGAUCCGGUCCAGGUUUCAGACGCUGGUGGCUCAGGCGGUGGACAAAUGUAGCUACCGGGAUGUGGUAAAGAUGGUGGCAGACACCAGCGAAGUGAAACUGAGAAUCCGAGAUAGGUACGUGGUGCAGAUCACCCCGGCUUUUAAAUGCACCGGGAUCUGGCCGAGGAGUGCUGCCCACUGGCCACUGCCCCACAUCCCCUGGCCGGGGCCCAACCGGGUGGCGGAGGUCAAAGCGGAAGGGUUCAAUCUCUUGUCCAAGGAGUGCCACUCCCUGGCCGGCAAGCAGAGCUCGGCCGAGAGCGACGCCUGGGUGCUGCAGUUCGCCGAAGCGGAGAACAGACUGCAGAUGGGGGGCUGCAGAAAGAAAUGCCUCUCCAUUCUCAAGACCUUACGGGAUCGGCACCUCGAACUGCCCGGCCAGCCCCUCAACAACUACCACAUGAAGACUCUGGUUUCCUACGAGUGUGAAAAGCACCCCCGGGAGUCGGACUGGGACGAGUCGUGCCUGGGCGAUCGGCUGAACGGGAUUCUGCUGCAGCUCAUCUCCUGCCUGCAGUGCCGGCGGUGUCCCCACUACUUCCUACCCAACUUAGAUCUCUUUCAAGGCAAACCUCACUCGGCCCUGGAGAACGCUGCCAAACAAACGUGGCGACUGGCAAGAGAGAUCCUGACCAACCCAAAAAGUUUGGAAAAACUUUAGAGGGUGACUUAAUCGAGAGCCGAAACGAUUCUUCUUCUCAAAGUCCUGAUUGAGUGUAAACUUCCUGUUAGAUUCCUAAUAUUACGCUCCACAGUGCAAACAAUCUCUUCCUUAAAAAGGAACCGUCACACACCGUGUAGGCAUCCUCUCGCCCACUCCUCCGAGCCGAGGAAAGGUAGGAGAAGCGAUGGAGAACACCCUAAACCCACAAGUAUUAGAAGACUCUUCACACCGGUUUCACAUCUCUCUUGAAAAAAGUACAGGGCAGCGCCCGGAAGAGAGCCCAGCUGCAAUGCAAGACUACAGAGAACACUCUGCCUAACUACCAAAGGAUUAUUAGCAAUCCUGGUGACUUAGGGGCAUCUGUCUGUGAGUAAUGCGCGGUCUGGAUACACCAUCGGAAGCCAAGUGUAAUGUAUAUUUUUGGUUUGUAACAAAUAUUGUGAUCUCACAUUGUCUUUGAAAGUGUGGAUAUUGGUGUUUUGUGAUUUGGUGAACAGAAUUUAAAUUGCCAUUUUGGAUACUUCCAGACAUUUUCCACUAACAAAGAUACCAUUUAAAGGUAGAUUCCCUCCUGGUACUUUUACCUGUCUUUGAAAGUGUCUGAACUUUAAAAAGUUUACAUUUUGUUUCAAAUAUAUUGCUUGUUCUAUUUCUGA